GCGACCAUGGCGGCAGAGAAGCAUCCCCUCCCGCCGCCGCGCUCGCCAUGGCAACGGGCACGUCAGCGCCGGCAGCCGGGCCCGCCGCGGGCCGGGGGCGGCCCAGCCCGGGCCUCGCCUGUCCCCCCGGGGUCCCCGCCGCGUCCCGGCGCUGUCCGCGGUGCUGCCGGCCCCGCAGGGCGCUCCCGGGGCUGCCCGGCCCUGCCCUCCGGCAGCAGCAGGACAGAGGCGGCUGCAGCCCGGGAGGGAGCCCCAGGUUCCCAGGAUGAGCGGGAGCUUCCCAGCCGCGGCGUGGCUUGGGAUAGCCAGCAGGGCGAGGAGGAGAGCGGCGCCGCCGGGACUGGGCUCUGGAGCAGGCUAAAACCAACCCAACCAUCUGGCUAAGCUCAACAAUGAAAACUAUCUAGCAAUAUAGGCGUAGAACAGGAGGCCACACCCGUCACAAUCUGUGGUGUGUCUGCCAGGAGGGUGCAGGAGAACAAUUUCACACAGGUAACACCCCCAGAAAAACUGGAAUUCACAGGCAGUGACGUUUGACAGGCGAUAGGUUUGGUGUCACCAGUCGGGGACAUUGUUACUCCACGGACAAGAAGGAGGGCCCAAAGUGCACACCCCGCAGGCCUCUCACUGAAGGGCUCCAGAAAUUCAGCUCAACUCGUCCACAAGGGUCUAAGGAUCACUCAAGAUCAAAACAGUCAUUGUUCCAGAGGUGUGGGGCUGGUGGUGAGGGUGCUCAGUCCCAGGAAGUCUCCUCGGGCAGCACCCCAGCCCCAAGGGAAGGGCUUCCCACCACAGACAUCCUGCUCCAAGGAAAACCACAUGAAAAAGGGGGCUAUAACCUGGUCUGGUCAGGGUGUGUGGACAUCCAUGGUAAUGGUCCAGAAAUUUCUCUGGGGCCUCUGAUUACCUGGGGACCCUCUGUGUUGGCCAAGGGGUCCCGCCCUUCUCAUCUCCCCCCAUGAAGGCAGGGUUGGGGUCAUGGCACAUGGGCUGUGAGGAAAAAAAUGAAAGGGUGUGAAAGGCUGGCAGCCACCUCAAACCAGCCAGGGAAUGGGGUGGGAUCCCCCUGACACAGCCUGUUGUACCACCAGCUACAGU